AUGGAAGAUGAUGUGGAGUCGGAUGAUGAGGUUGAAGCUCUUCGUGACGGCCUUCUAGCAGUGAAAUUCUCCAAGGAUCUUAAGCAACGGAUUCGUACACCGUGGCUUGCCAAUUUGGAAGUUUGGUUUCAGCGGCCAAAAGAGAUUGUUCGGAAAUUGGUUUCUGGAGAUCUAGACCUUGGUAUUGUGGGUUUUGAUACAGUCAGUGAAUAUGGCCAGGGGAAUGAAGAUCUUAUUCUUGUUCAUGAUGCUCUUGAGUAUGGGGACUGCCAUUUAUCACUGGCUAUUCCCAAAUAUGGGAUUUUUGAGAACAUAAAUUCUCUAAAAGAGCUAGCACAAAUGCCUCAAUGGACUCCUGAAAAGCCUCUGCGAGUUGCUACUGGAUUCACCUACCUAGGUCCUAAAUUUAUGAAAGAAAAUGGACUAAAGUGUGUGACUUUUUCAACUGCUGAUGGAGCACUGGAGGCAGCUCCUGCGAUGGGCAUAGCUGAUGCAAUUUUGGACCUUGUGAGUAGUGGAACAACACUGAAAGAAAACAACUUGAAAGAAAUUAAAGGCGGAAUUGUGUUGGAAAGCCAGGCUGUUCUUGUUGCAAGCCGGAAAGCAUUGAUCCAGAGGAAAGGUGCAUUGGACAUAACGCAUGAGAUUCUUGAAAGAUUGGAGGCACAUUUGAGGGCUGUUGGUCAGUUCACAGUUACUGCAAACAUGAGGGGAAGUAGUGCAGAGGAAGUGGCUGAGAGAGUACUGAGUCAGCCAUCAUUAUCUGGACUGCAGGGACCUACUGUAAGUCCAGUAUUUCGUAAACGUGAUGGGAAGGUAGCCUCAGAUUACUUUGCCAUAGUCAUAUGUGUACCCAAAAAGGCAUUGUACAAGUCUGUAAAACAACUGAGAGCGGUUGGAGGCAGUGGAGUUCUUGUUUCCCCUUUGACCUACAUUUUUGAUGAAGAGACUCCAAGAUGGCACGAGCUUCUCAGAAAACUUGGACUUUAGUCCAUUGUAGUAAUUGUGUUGAGCAUGUUAUUGCAGCUAUGCUGUUUGCAUCAAUGUUGAAGAGUUUUUUGUGCUCAUCCCAGCUAGAAGGCAGACUUGAUCAUACACGAUGUACUUUAGUAAUGAAUUUUUUCAAGCAAUUUUUGUGAUCUUAUUUUUUAUAUUUA